CCGAGCUGAGGAGCCCUGGGGAAGUCUCCAAGUUUGCGUCUGGGGCGGUAGUGGGAAGUGGGCUUAUUGCAAAGGGAUUUUCUUGGGGUGAGACCCGAUCUGCCUCUGUUUUGGACGCACGCCCUGCUGUAGCCCCUUCAGCCUUCAGCCGGGUCCCUGGACAGCCUGUCUCCCCCGGCAGUUCUCGGAGUUCCGAGGACACCGGCCGGGAGCCCUUGGCAGCUGGUUCUCCGGCAGGUAGACAGCACAGGACGUGCUUCCUUCCUAGGUGCCUAAGCUACAGGCGCACGCGCACAGCCUGCGCGCGGGACCCUAACCGCGGAGGCAUCUCCACCCGCUGUGCUCCGGCCGCAGCAUCCUCGCCCGGCAUGGAGGUGCUGGAGAGCGGGGAGCAGAGCGUCCUGCAGUGGGACCGCAAGCUGAGCGAGCUGUCGGAGCCCGGGGAAACCGAGGCUCUGAUGUACCACACGCACUUCUCAGAACUCCUGGAUGAGUUUUCCCAGAACGUGUUGGGUCAGCUCCUGAAUGACCCUUUCCUCUCAGAGAAGAGCGUGUCGAUGGAGGUGGAGCCAUCCCCAACAUCCCCAGCACCUCUCAUCCAGGCCGAACACAGCUACUCCCUGUGUGAGGAGCCUCGGGCCCAGUCACCAUUUACCCAUGUUACCACCAGUGACAGUGUCAAUGACGAUGAAGUGGAAAGUGAGAAAUGGUACCUGUCUACAGACUUUCCAUCAACAACCAUCAAGACAGAGCCGAUUACAGAGGAGCCGCCCCCAGGACUUGUUCCCUCUGUCACUCUGACCAUCACAGCCAUCUCCACCCCUUGUGAAAAGGAGGAACCCCCUCUGGAAAUGAAUCCUGGGGUUGAUUCCUCGUGCCAGACAAUUAUUCCUAAGAUUAAGCUGGAGCCUCACGAAGUGGAUCAGUUCCUAAACUUCUCUCCUAGAGAAGCCUCGGUGGAACACCUGCACUUACCUCCCACCCCUCCCAGCAGCCACAGCAGUGACUCAGAGGGCAGCCUGAGCCCCAACCCCCGCCUGCACCCCUUCAGCCUGCCUCAGACCCACAGCCCGGCCAGAGCUGUGGCACGGGCCCCCUCUGCCCUGUCCAACUCUCCUCUCCUCACAGCGCCUCACAAACUGCAAGGAUCAGGCCCACUGGUUCUGACCGAAGAGGAGAAGAGGACCCUGAUCGCCGAGGGCUAUCCCAUCCCCACCAAGUUGCCUCUAACAAAAUCAGAGGAGAAGGCUCUGAAGAAAAUUCGGAGGAAAAUCAAGAACAAGAUUUCUGCCCAGGAGAGUAGAAGAAAGAAGAAAGAAUACAUGGACAGCUUGGAGAAAAAGGUGGAGUCUUGUUCAACGGAGAACUUGGAGCUUCGGAAGAAAGUAGAGGUUCUGGAGAACACCAACAGAACCCUCCUGCAGCAGCUGCAAAAGCUUCAGACUUUGGUGAUGGGCAAGGUUUCGCGCACCUGCAAGUUGGCCGGCACACAGACUGGCACGUGCCUCAUGGUGGUUGUGCUAUGCUUUGCUGUUGCAUUUGGCAGCUUCUUUCAGGGCUACGGGCCCUAUCCUUCUGCCACCAAGAUGGCUCUGCCCAGCCAGCACUCCGUGCAGGAGCCGUAUACAGCCUCUGUUGUGAGAUCCAGGAAUCUGCUGAUCUAUGAGGAACAUUCUCCCCUGGAGGAGCCGUUGAGCCCAGCCUCGGCUGGGGAACUUGGGCAUUGGGACAGAGGGUCCUCCCUGCUCAGGGCAUCAGGGUUGGAGACCAGGCCUGAUGUGGAUCUUCCCCAUUUCAUUAUCUCAAAUGAGACCAGCCUGGAGAAAUCGGUGCUGUUGGAGCUACAGCAGCACUUGGUCAGCGCCAAACUGGAGGGGAAUGAGACACUAAAAGUUGUAGAACUCGACAGAAGAGUGAACGCCACCUUCUGAGGAGGCUGUCUCCACCUCCCUCUUUCUCUUCACUCUGCUUUCACAUCCCCAAAUCACCUUUGUCAUAAGCUUUCCCUUUUUGCCUUUUAUCUGGACGAAGACAUGGAUGAGCAGUCAUGGCUUUGGAUGGGAGGAUAGCCUGGGAUUUCCACCUGCAGUGAGAGAGCUCCUUCCCCUCCAUCACAUGCCCCCCUGAACAGGGGAGCCCGUGGCAUCCCUCCCUCCCUCUUGCUUCCUGACAUAGGAAAUUAUUUUAGGAUCGAGGCUGGGAUGGGACGAGCAGGCUACCAAUAGUGCCAAAAAGAUACAGCCUGAUUUUCACUGUCGGUUGUGACCAUCUCUCUGAAGACGAGAUGACUCUUGUUUCUAUGAGACCCCAGACUCCAGCCACAAAAACACCAGGAUGCCUGCUGGGAUCUGGCAAAGCACUGACUGACGUCCUGCCUUCCUUGGCCUUGAUCUCUCAUGUGUCUGCCCCCCACAGCCCCUUCAGUGAGUACCCCUGCCACUGGGCCCCUCCCGAGCCCUCGCACAUCGUCCUCCCCGCACUGGAGCGAGGGCUCCCCUCCCCAUUCUCAGGCCGCAAGUGCAAUGCCUGAAGGAAUCAGGCUUCUCUACUCCAGGCGAACCUGCCCCAUCUUGUUGCUUGUAGGACAUCCCCACAACCUGCGUCCUCACACACCCAUAGGUCUGCCUCCCCAGCUUCUCCUCCCCAUUUGUAAAUAGUAUUUAUUAGCUCGCUGAGGCUUCCUGCUAGCAGCCACACUGAGAAGAUCUGACGCCUCCCUCCAAACUGGCAGUGUUCUGUUGGCCUUGGGACCUUGGAGGGUACCCUAAGCCGUGGGAUCCCCAAUCCUCCAGAUGCCUUUUUUUCCCCUCUUCCUCCUGUUCCUCCCUCCUCCUCCUCCCCUUUCUACAGCUGGAGGCCUAUAAUUCUAAUUGGGAAAUCCCCUUAAGCUCUUGUCCUCCUACAGAAUGGAGUCGGAGGGAAAGAUGGAGGGAUGCCUUAAUUAGGUCUGUGGCUCUAGGGUCAGAUGCUUUUUCUGUCCUGUUCCCAUAAGAGAAGGGAAUCCUUGUCCCUGAUAACAGGCGAUUUGGACAACCUGGCUGGCUUGCCUCUCCACACCUGCUCCUAGUGCCCUCCUCCCCACCCCCCUACACUUCUGCUUUACCCUCCUUCUGCCUCAACACAGGGGGUGGGUCUGAGGCCUGGGGUGGGAGCAGGUGACUUUGUUUAGUCACAGUCUUACCUUUGGUGGUCAGGUUUGGCUACUUUGCAGCUUACCCAAAGAGAUACAACCUAAACCCCCCAACCUACUUUUUUUUUUUUUUUGUAAUGAUUAAAAGUAACUUUUGUAGCUAAAAAAGAAUUCUUUCCUCUUUCAUACAAAUAAGAAAUGGAAAUUGCCUUUUUAUUGUAUAGUGUAGAAGAUUCCCUUUCAGUGUUUUCCCCUAGCUUGUGAAAGAUUUUGUGUAAUCUUUUUUUUGCUUAUUAUUUCUUUGCUUAUUAUUUUGUAUUUUAUUUUUAGUAGAAGCUGAAGGACCUUUAGCUUUAACUCCUCGCUUGCUCUCUCUCACUCUGUGUUUGGUCUACACUGUCAUUGAAACCUGCACUUACACAGGAUUAAGCCCUUACCUGGGCCUUCCAUUCCAUAUCAGAUGCAGGAUUUGGUGUCAUUAAGCAUUUGCCAUCAUACCUCAUAAGCAGAUCCCUGCUUUGUCUGCCUUGGUACACCUGGGGCUCCCCGGGAGUGGUUCUGCGCUCUCUCUUUCUUUUUCUGCUGUGGUAGAGAGGGUUCCAGACCAGGGGGGAUGCCAACUGUCUCUUCUCGGCUGUGUGUAAAGCUGGGUUGGGGCAGCUGUCUGCAGUCUCACAACCCCUUACCUUGGCCACGGAGAGCAGAGGCCAUCUGAGCUGUGCGGGAAGGGGGGUUACCAGCGUGCCCCCCACCCCUGGCUCUCUCCUUUCCAUUCCCUCCUUCUCUUCUGCUCUAGAUCUUACUGGGCCUGGCUGCUGUCAGGCAGCCAUGGGCUGCUGCCGACCCAUCCCUCUCUUUAAAAUACCAUAUAAUUACCAGGCAAAGGCAGCCUGUGGGGCCCUAAGAAGGUAAAAAGAAUGAACUCAAGUAGUAUUUGGUCAACGAGAAAGGAAAGGUUUUAUAAGUAAGGGCAGACAUGUGAGAAUGGGUCAGCCUACCCACCUGCUGCAAGGGAACCAGAUCUGGGUCAGCCUACCCACCUGCUGCAGGGGAACCAGAUCAGGCUUUGAAGGCUCCUGGAUCAGCCAGGGUGGGAGAGCUGUUCUUCCGAAUGAGGCCGGAGAAGGGAAAGGCUGGCCAACCUCCAGUCUCUGCCCUUAGUGUCCUGAGGAUUUUAUUUUCUGCCCCACCUACCUUUUCUUGUCAUCCCCUUCUGCAGACCUCCACACGGCAGGGUGUUCUCUCUGGGAAGCCGUUCUUCCAGGACUGAAUCUGUGUCUAGAGACAGGAGACAUCCACUUGGGAGCUCAGAUGGCCAUGUUCAGGGGGUUCCAAGAGCCAACCCUGCUCUGUUUUGAGAAAAACCUCUGCCCUGCACGCCCUGCUUCGGCAAAUCAAGGGAACUAAAGAUUUACCUUUAGGAGGAUGCCAUGGGGUCAGGACAAUGUAGAGGAAUCAGAUAAUGCCAAGUGAUUAAGGGCUGUGUGCUUGUUGCCUUUUCUGGGGUGAAGCCCUGCUAUAGACCACAGGGCAAUACCUGGUUAGCCCUGAAGAGUUCAAGCAGACUUUCAGACUUGAGUUUUGAAAGGUAUGAGACUGUUAGCAUCACUAUGAACCAUAAAUAAUAAAUAGGUUACUCAAUUAAUACAUUAAUUAUAUUUUUUGUCAUGUGAACAGCGUUUCCUCUUGCCUCUCUUUGAUUACCCCGGUGAAGGAGGUAUCUUGCAAACAUUCAAAGAACAAGCACUUUUUCACUGGUUGAGCCCCAAUAACCCAAGCGCCCCCAGCUUGGCCCUUUCCCCAGCUCUUGACCCUAUACUUAAAAAUGGAUGCUGGAGAUGAAAGGCCCCAGUGCCAAUUUAAGAAGGAAUUUCUGUGAAGUGUGAGGACUCUAGAGCCUCGAUCACAUAAAGAGAGUGUUAUGUAAAAAUCUGACAGCUGAACUAGGUUGCUCCUUUUGUGUGCGUGGGGGUGGGGGGGUGAGGUUUGACACCAGCGUAGGCAAAAUUAGAUAACUUUUUCACUAAUAAAAAUGAUAUUGAUUCGGAGAACUAAUUUGUAGGUUGUGAAAGAAGCUUGUAGCUCAACUUAUUUACAAACCAACUAUAAUUACCACGUUUUUUUUCCUUCCUAAAUCUCACAGUUGAGCCUGAAUGCCAAAGGAGGGCGGUGAAGCUCAUGCGCCCAUAGAGCAGGAGUGUUGAAGUGAUUCAUCCUUAUUCUGGCAGCGAGGCGGUGUCCAGAAUUCUGGUCACAUGUGUUUCAUUAAAAUUUGUCAACACUUCAUGGCUCCUUUCUUCCAUGUCCUCAGACCAAGCAAAACCACAAAGAGAGAAUCAGAGGCCUCUUGGGGCCGGCUCUGGAACACACAUGUCCUGUAGGGUGUGUACUUGAACAUGACGUACAAAUUGAGACAUCCCGCUCUUGGCUGAGACAAUGGACCAUCGGUGCUGGUCUUGCUGACAUGGGGAGAUGGAGGAGAAGGCUUUCAGAGCUAUUGCCUUUGCAUGCUUUUCAGCUGAGGCAAUUAGGGGAAGGGUGAUAGCCUGAGCCCCUCUGGGAGGCCAGUUACAGGAGAGACUGAGUGGAGGAGCCGGAGCGGAUUUCAGGUUUCCCACACAGUCAGCUAGUGAGUCGUAGGACUUUUCAGUUUACUGAGGCAAGAGUGCUGUCUGGAGCCCUAGCGAUUGUUGGGGAGUUAAGGGGGCUGCGGAGAUUUCAUCAAUCAUUAGCUAUUCCAAAGACAAAAUACCGGGUCUCUCUCUUCCCCUCCUGACACAUACGCACAGUCCCCCCGUGUCUCAAACCCUGUCUUACAUGUGCCUUAUGCGUAUCCUCCGGGAUGACCGAGGCCUCCUUCGUCCCUGGGAGAUUUUACAGCUAGCCUUGCAGUAUUAGACUGAAGUGAGCGUGGGGACAGGACUUUUUCCAGAGGCCCAAAAAUGGUUUCCUAAAAGUGAGCCAUGGUCAGAUUUGCACAUCAGGGGGAAAGAAAUAGAGUUCGGUCCAUCAGGAAAAUCCCACUCUGCAAAGCUGCAGUCACAUCAAAACAACAGCAAGCUUGGAUCAAAGUUAUCAUAAAUCGUCACAGCAGAAUAUUUUCUCAGGGCCAAGGAACCUGGCCCAUUUGGCGAUUAAUGCCCAAUCUCAUGGUGGCCACAGAGCCUAUGCUUAGUGCAGGAAAAAAUCUAGGUGUGGGUUCAUUUUGUCAUUUUGGGCAUCAUAAUUCAGGAAAGCUUUAUUUUUGCGCUUUGAGAAGAGUGGGAAAUAAUAUUUCUUGAGCCCUUAUUCAGUGCUGGGUAUUGUGCUUCAUAAAUUGGCUUUUAAUUUUAUGGACAGAGAAAACGGCGACUAGUUACCAGGAGAUAGAUCAACCCCUGAGGGAUACAGGGAAGUACAGUUUGUGGGUUCAGCUGGGCAGAUUCCUCUCUAUGAACUUGUAAGGUUCUCUGGGCAGGAAACACGGUGUCUGCUCCCUAUGCUGGCCGCGCCGUGCAACCUUCGGUUCUGUGCUUCCUGCUGGAAGUAUCCAUCAGAUGUUCCUCUACGGUCUUGUGCAUCCAGUGUUCUGUGAAUUCCAGCUAGCAGGCUUUGCAUCCUGGAAAAGAAAAACCAGGGGUUUUAGCUCUAUUCCUCUGCUCCUGUCCUUUGCUCACCAGCUAGGUGACAACAUGAACUUUUUGCACCAUGAACCCGUGGCCUACACUGCUUAGAACCUCUCCCUUCCAGAUAAAAUGCUUUACAAGUCUAUGGAAAACACCAGCACACCUUGACAAAGCAUGAGGGACCCUGUUUAAACAACGCUGAGCAGACCCUAGACUAUAAUCAACCAUGAGCUUUAAUGUCUAUGCUGACAGGCUGGACUGCUUUCUCUCUUUUGUAAUAGUUCUAUAGACCAGUAGUGUUUAAUAGAUUGUGAGUCUAUUAUCUGUUGUAUUGUGCUUGGGUUUUUUUUUUUUAAUGGCUUUUUAUUUUUUAUUAUAGCUAAGGGAAUACCAAAAAUUUCAAAAAAAAAAAAAAGGCUUUGUAGGAUACUUGUACUUAGUUUGGGAAAAAAAAUGAAUUGAAAUUGUUAUGCUUUUGUAUUUCCAUUUCUUGCAAAUAAAAAUAUUUUUUUCUUAAAUAGUAAAAUGUGGUCCCGU